AUGACUCGGUUCCGUGGAUGGUGUGGCAUCCCCUAUGAACGUGAUGCUCUUCAGCUGAUUCCAGAGAGGUUCCCCGUUGACAGCAAUGCCAAGACACCCCAGGAUGCAUCCAUACCAAGGGAAGAUGGAGAACUGGCUGAUGCAGAGUAUAUUGAUCUCGCAGAAGAAAUAUAUGAAGUGGAAACAGAGUCAGAGCCAGAGCCAGUCUUAGAUUCAGAGCCAGUUUUAGAGAAAAAUCCUGAGUCAAGCGAAACAAGAUCUGAUACUCCGUAUAUGGGAUACCCAGAAAUGAACCUUUUCAAAGAAGAAUUCGAACUUGAUCUUGAUGAUGAGAGCUUCGAGCAGAUCCAUGUGCCUGACUUCGGCUUUGGUCGCCAAGGGAGGUUCAUUCAUGACUUCAAGGCCAACAAAACUGGAAUCAUUGACUUAACCUCCAAACGUUGCUUUGUGAUGCCUCUUGACCGCAAUCAUGUUCUUCCUCCACGAACUGUGUUUGACCUUGUGAAGAAGAUGUGGAUGGGUUACUACAACAUUGAUACAGAGGUAGUACGUGAAACCAUGCGUGUGGUUUACCCACCAGUUGAGGACUACGAUUCAUUGGGAAUGUACAUUGCCAAGGAUUGUAUAAACUUCCCUACCUAUCGGUUGGAACGAGUUUACACCCCAGAACUCAGGAAGCGUAGUGUAGAUGCCCAGAACCAGGAGCAGAUUCAGCUGGUUGAGUUUGCUGGCAAGAAGAUCAUCCAGUAUGUCAUUUCAGAUCUUCAUGAAGAUACCCAACAGUGAGGGCCUUUCUUUUGACUUAUUAAGUGACUGGAAAAUAGUCAGUCUUGCUGCCCCUGCACUCACGCAGUUAAGGAAAAUAAUUGUGGACAAAGCGUAGUGUGAAGAAAAUGAGAAGACAAGGCUUUUAUUUUAUGAAUGGAGUAAUGAAACCCCAUAGUUACUGGAUUUUGCUUUUCAUGGUAUGGUUUUACAGACGAGUAGUGAAAGGUGACAAGGAACUGGUAUUCUAUUAACUCAUUUCUGUUGCAAAAAUGUUCAAACACUCAAAAAUGAGGUUUAAAUUACAUGAUUAGGUGACAUGCGAAAGAGGUAUCCUUCUUAGAUUUACCAGAAUUAAUCUAGAAUGGUUGCAGAAGGUUAGUGAGUGUCGAGACGAUUAAAUUCCCAGGUGUUCUGUGAGUGAAGAGAAACAUACUCAACAAGAACUCAGUUUGAAUGAAGGUACGCCCUACAUCACCUCUUUGGAGAUGGGGAUAGGACCGUGUUCAGGGAAUUUCUUAUUCCUUAAAAUCCUCUGAUCAGAUGUUUAAAAAUCUAUAGGUAAUAUACCACCAUUAUUUCCAAGUUGCUCAUAUUACAAGUAUUAGAUUAUGAAUUAGAGAUGAAAUGAUUGCUCUACUUGAGAACUGGUUUGUGGUUGAUGCCAUUUUGGUCUUACUGCCAAUUAUUUAUUAUUAUGUGUUCAUUAAGCAAAAAGGAAAAAUGAAAAAAAAUUUGACUAGUCAAUCUGGAGUUCACUGAUGCACAUCCACCAAAUCAGUGAAAUCUCAAAGCAUUUGAAAUGUUGUAUUGUUAAUUUGCAUUAUGUAAACACAGAUACAUAAAUAUUGGAUUGUUACAUUAAUUUUCAAAGUACAAUAAGGGCUUCUGUUUUUCUGUUACAUUUACCUGCAGUUAAAAAAAGAAAUUACUACAAUAGUUGAAUUAUGUUUACUUGUUUCAUGUAGUUUUCUUCUGUCUACAGUAUUAAUUUGAUGCUGUAGGAUAUGGGUGAAUUAUUUUUAAAAACUUGGGUUAUAAAAAGAAAAAAACAGGGUUUAAGUAAAUAAAGUACAACAACACUUGUUUAAAGUCUAUCUUUAGUGUAAUGCCAGUCUUAUUUUAGAAGGGAAAAAUUAUAAAUUGAUUAGAUGAAAUAUUCUGUAUUGCCAGUGACAGGAUUUUAUAAUGUGCAAUGGAGUGAUUGGCUUUAAUCAUGAGUGUUGGUUCAGUGAUUAUUUGGGUUAUUAAUAAGAAUUUUGUGUAAGUCUAUGUAGUGCCAUUAUUGUUGUAUUCAAUAUAACUGGUUUUGAUUUACUUUUAAGAUGAUGGAGCUAUAUAUAUAAAUGUUCUACUGCUCCAUUUCAUGUGUUCUCUCAUAAUAAUCUGGACAUAUUUAUAACGAAGUUGAAAUAUAAUUACCAAGAAUUUGAAAUACUCUAUAGAUAUUUUAGUUAUAAAUGAGGGAUAAUAUAUUCUCUCAGGUUUUGUUUAACAAUUUUUGUCACCAGAUAUAAUGUCUGGCAUGUCACUAUAAAAGACAUUAUUUCAUAACUGUAUCUUGUAUUAUUUCAUACUGUAGGUAGUCUUGACAGCAUCAAUUCUGAUACCAUUGCCAAAUUUAUCAGGAUGCCUGGACAAGUAGUUGUUAAAAGGUUUCCAUGAACAAGAGUAUUAGGGUUAAUUUAGUGCUUCUGCAUGGACACAUGUACCCAUCUGACGACAAUAAAUAGCUGAUUUAACAAAGCCAGACCAACUCCACUCCAUACAUGACUUACAGUAUGAUAGUCCUAAACCAUUCCUUUCCCUAUACAAGAGAGGGAGGAAAACUGUCUAAAGCUUUGCUCACUAUACAGUGUUUUUGAUUAAUUAGAGCUAAGAUUUGCCUCUUAACAAUUGGACUUCAGGUGAACAAUCUCCGGGAAAAAUGUUUUCAAAAUUUCUUUUUUCCCUCCUGUAUUUAUGUUUUCAUGUGCCAUUUUAGUAAUAAAGGUAUAAUUAAAGGAAUAUACUGGUGUGUACAUUUUGCAGAGCAAUGGAUUUGUAUUUUCUCAUUUAAUCACAGCUGUUGUUUCUAUGGGACAUUAAUGUCAUGUCACCUGGAGGUUGAACAAUGCUUUAAAUGUACAGAAUCUGCUUGUAUUGGAGGUUUUUAAAAUUAUGUAGCUGACACUUUAUGGGUAUGUCAGUAACUAACUAUGAAGUUGUAUUUAGGCAGGGACAUUUUGUUGACCAAAAAUUGUUUUGUGUAACUAAAUCAGGAUAUCAAAGCAAAUGACAAGAGAAUAUAUCAGUACACAAAUUUUAAGAGAUCUCCUACAUAAGCACUUGCCUCCGGUGAGCUUUCAUCUUGGAAUUCUGAACACUGCUGAUAUUGUACUGCCUGACCCCAUCCUUGAUUAUAAUUUAUUCAUAUCCCUGUAGGAAAAGACCCAGUACAACUCACAAAAAAUUAAGCGUGUAUGGGAUUUUAUACGAUUACUCACUUUAGACAAUCAUUUUCCCCCUUAAUUGAGAAA